GUGAGGGCCGACCCGCCACCCAUUGCGAUCGCGUGUUAGAACUCGAUGCGAACUCGAUAAUAACAAGUGAAGUGUGUGAGUGUUGUGUCGUAGUAGGGGUAGCAUGGACGAGAUAAGAUUAGAUAAGGAUGCGACGCGAUACUACAUUGGAUCCUUGUAGACGCGAACGAAGUUUCAGUUGGUGAUAACAGAUGUUUAGUUCGUGAUCGUGAAAAUAAAUCUAGUGUUAAAAUCACUGGAUUGCGUGUUCAUAAAGAAUUUUAAAAAGAUAGUGAAGUGAUUAGCGAGGUCAUGAAAGAAGUUGAUAAAAUGUUAAGCCUUGUUCAAGUGGUAUAAAUCAUGGGAGUGCUAUGAAACAUUUAGUGAGGAAGAAAAGAAUGAUAGUGUAGUGAAGUGAAACAGUAAACAUGGGUUGUCAGUUGGGAAAGUUGGCGGCAUCUGAACGGCGAGCGGGGAAUGAGGCCCUGGCUGAUGGACCUCCUCCGAAAACGGAUCCACGGCUACCGUUGACGGCGAAGCAAAAGUACUCAAUGGUAGCUUCAUGGAAGGGAAUCUCGAGAGCGAUGGAGAAGACUGGAAUUUGCAUGUUCAUUAAACUCUUUGAAGAGAACCAAGAUCUUCUCAACAUGUUCGAGAAGUUUCGACAGUACAGGACGAAAGAGGAACAAAUCAAUUCAAUGGAACUGGCUGAACACGCCAAUAAUGUGAUGAACACACUGGACGAAGGGAUAAAGGGUCUGGAUGACUUGGAUAACUUCUUUGAAUACAUCCACCAGGUUGGCGCCAGUCAUAGGAAAAUACCUGGCUUUAAAGUAGAAUACUUUUGGAAAAUCGAAGCACCCUUCUUAGCAGCCGUCGAAUCGACGCUCGGAGAUCGCUACACACCGAAUGUGGAAAAUAUAUACAAAAUAACAAUAAAGUUCAUCCUGCAGACCCUCGUAGAUGGCUACGAACAAGCUGGGAAGCCAUCGUGAACUGCCACCAACAAAGCUGGCUUUUCGAUCUCGUAUUUUCAGAAAUGCGUGUACAAAUGUCAAUUUAGAAAAACAGUGUGUAUUUGUAAAUUAAUGUCGGUCGCUUAUUUCGACUUUUAUACUAUUCUUCGUGUGGAAUUUGUUAUGCCAUACGCAGUUGGUGAUCAUUGGAGUCAGUGUCUGCUUUAUAUAAAAUCUGUUAAGUUGUACUAUCUCAAAUAUUACAAAAUGAUAACCCACUAAAAUACCAUAACAUAUGUAUUGCUCAAAUAAUAGAAAAAUCAAACAAAUUCUACCGAAUCACUGAAUUUGAUCAACGCGACCCAUUGAAAAGUGAAAAAGGUAAGCGAAACGGUAAGUAUUUGUUUAGGAUACGCAAACAUUGGUUUCACACUAACCUCUCUGUAUAUUCAUGAAUAAUAAAUGUUGAAUAGUUAUAGUUUCUUGGUGUCGAUGUAUGUGUAAUUAAUUUGUAUAAAGUUAGCGAGAUGUACUUAUAGAUAGUAGGUAGUUAAGAACAGAUUUGUGUAUGCUUCGCUAUUGCGGCUGUGUUUCUGAUAAAUUUCUUCAUAAAUUCAACAAAAGUUAGGUAUCUUAUAUGUCCAUUAAGGCAACUCGUUUGUCCAAUUUAAAACAACAUAAUUUUUGCAAUAUGAUUUAGUGAGGCCGCAAUUUUAUUGAUAAAUUGUUAUGUCAAUUUUUUUCUUAAUUCAAAUGAUUCGAAGUUUGUCUUAUAAAUAAGUGGUGUAGUAUAAGACUACUGUAUCAUUAUUUUAAGACCAGUUAAAUCGUAAUAUUUAGGCAUCUUUUCUUCUUUUGUUCCCUCCCAUUACUUCAAAGGACGCCAUUUUAUUUAAAUCGUGUUUUAUUUCAACUUGAAUAAUUAAUUGGUACGUCAAUAUCAAUUAUAAGCGAGUUUAGGCCAUCACAAUUAUAUUAAAAUUAUUUUUAAAUCCAUCUUAAUUAUUAAAUGUGUAAUUAUUUAUCGUAGCUUAGCUAUUUAUUAACAUGCAUAAUGUUUUAAAACAUAAUAUAUAUAACAAAAUGGACUGCUGGUGUAA